AUUGAGAAUGGACUACCUAACAAUCGUUCUCCUGAUUUUACUUUUUCUAAUCAUACUCUACGAAAUACAACUUCGGCUACUACCUAGCUAUAGGGCAGCGAAACAGUUCCCCGGUCCUCGACCGCUACCAUUGCUGGGCAAUGCGUUUAGUUUGCUGUUCAAUGAUCAAGUGAGCUCAUUUUAUCUACCGCGUCGAUGGGCUCAGGAAUUCCACGCUAGUUACGCGUUAUUGGUCCGUGGUGGUCUAAUAUUGAACGCGAUUCGCGCAAGGGAAACGGAAGCACUGCUGUCCAGUUCGCGGUUGAUCGACAAAAGUGUACUCUACACAUUCCUUCGUCCGUUCAUGGGCGUGGGGCUGCUGAACAGCACCGGACAAAAGUGGUUCCACAGAAGGAAGAUUCUAACGUCGGCGUUCCAUUUCAAUAUCUUACCCAAGUUCCUGGUUACAUUCCAGGAGGAGUGCGAAAAGCUUGUCGAACAGAUAGACAAGGAUGUGCAAAAGCGAAAGGAGACAACACUGCAGCUUGUGGCGGCACGCUUCACAUUGAACACAAUCUGUGAAACGGCUAUGGGAGUGAAAUUGGAUUCGAUGACGGCUGCUGACGAUUACAGAGCGAAUAUUCAAGACGUAGUGAAACUUUUGCUUCUCCGCGUGAUGAAUCCAUGGCUUAUGGAGGAUUUCACUUACGCGAUUUUUGGAUUCAAGGCACGCCUCGUGAAAGCACUGGAGCCAAUUCAUGGAUUCACUCGCGCCAUUAUCAAGCAAAGAAGACAAUUAUUUCACGCAAACGUGAAAAACCUGGAUGAUUUUUCCGAGGAAAAUAUUUACUUGAACACAAUUCAACGGUAUGCGUUGCUCGACACUCUGUUGGCCUCUGAGGCAAGGGACCAAAUUGACGAGGAAGGGAUUCGUGAAGAAGUUGACACAUUCAUGUUUCGAGGACACGAUACCACGGCAUCAGCUUUCACUUUCAUUUUCCUUCUGCUAGCCAACCAUCAGGAUGUCCAGCAGCAGGUCUUCAACGAGAUCGAAUCGUUUAUGGCAAAUAGGACAAAUCGUGAUGCUCCUUUGUCUAUGGCAGAUUAUAAUGAGUUGAAAUUGCUGGAUCGUGUGAUAAGAGAGUGUCUCCGUUUAUAUCCACCGGUGCCGUUUAUAAGUCGAUUAGUUACCGAAAACACUUGGUUCGAGUACCGAUUCAUUCCAAAGGAUACGAUGAUUAAUGUGCACAUAUUUGAUGUGCAUCGGGAUCCUGUGCAGUUUCCAGAGCCGGAGCGAUUCGAUCCGGAUCGGUUUCUACCGGAGAAUGUGGAAAAAAGAAAUCCUUACGCGUAUGUACCAUUCAGUGCCGGACCGAGAAACUGCAUUGGUCAACGAUUCGCAAUGUUGGAACUAAAAUCGAUCCUUGUUUCAGUGCUGCGCAGGUUUCGCGUUUUCCCGGUCACAAAACCAGACGAAGUGGUCUUCGUUGCCGAUAUGGUGCUUCGCUCAAAAGACCCAAUCAUAGUGGAAUUCGAGCGGCGCUUGGGCUGUUCUGCCCGUGAUUAGCCACGUUCGGAACAUUUCUCAAACUCUCCAUCAAUAUAAAAAUGUAAUCCACUCUCAUGGGUAAACGAUCUAUUUCCUACCUUACAUAGUUGGGGUAGUAUCUUUAGAGUUUUGUAUGUUGCACAAACAAUGUAUAACUUACACGUACAAAUAUCUGAUUAAGUUUGUAGAGAAAUAAGAAAAACUCACAUCUUAUUGUUGCACCUGCUGUUGCUGGGACUGUUGAAUGUUCGGUGGCAUUACCUGCGGUACUCCACCGGCCAGACCCUGCUGCUGUCCAGCAGUUUGCGCUGCAGUUUGCUGUGCAGCUCCCGAUUGGGUACUGCUUUGCCCACUAGCCUCAACAUUCUGCUGCUGCUGCUGCUGCUGUUCCACGCCUAUUUCAUCAACAUUCAAUCUGGUUAUGAAACGUAGCCGCAUCUGCAAUGCGGGUCGAAGCCGACGAAUGAUCGCCUCCAGUUCGGUUUUCAUCAUGUCACCCACGAACAUGUACUUGAUGUGGUACAGCAGAUCACAUAUCGGAUCCAUGUAUUUCAGGGGCACCGAUGGUUGGGACUUAUCGACCUGUUCCAGCAGUUCGUAUAAAAUAAGAGUUAUAUCCGACACGGCCCGGGGACGUUCCGUGCUGAGACGAUUCAAGAAUGGACCGACUAGGUGGCAUAAGUAGAUUAGUUGGUAUUCCGUUUUGAUGAGGGGUUUGAAUUUUUCCUUGAUUAAGCUGUGACAAUAAAAUGAUGUAUUAUAGCAU